AUGAGGGAGAGAACCGGUUGCGACAGGCCCGUCAAGGUGGCGGUGGUGGGGGCGUCCUCGCGCGCGGGCUGGACCGCCGCCUUCCUGCUCAAGUCGAGCCGCCUGCUGAGCCAGGUGCGCCUGCACGACUGGCAGAGCAGGGCCUCCUUGACGUGUCCCGCGACGCGCGCCCUGGCCACCGAGCUGGAGCACAUCAACACGGCGUGCAGCGUGAGCAGCCACGCCGGCUCCAGGGAACUGCGGACGGCGCUCACGGGCGCGGACGUCGUUCUUCUGUGCUCGGACUCCUCGACGGUCACCUCGGAGGAGGAGGCCUUCAACCGCGGCUGCUCCACGGCCAGAGAGGUCGCCAUGGCCACGGCUGACUUCUGCCCGGAGGCCGUGCUGGUGGUCGGCGCCGAGCCCGUCAACAGCUUGGUGCCCCUCAUGGCGGAGACGCACGCCUGGAAGUGA